CAACUCGUUUUUACGUUGAGACAGACUGGUCACAAUAAUCCAUCAGCAACCUGAAAAAAAAAGAGAAUAUUGUGCUGAUGAGUUUCUGAAUGUUGGGCAAGUGCAACAAUGUGAAGAGGGCAGAGCGUAAUUUUAUUUUUUCAAGAGAUUCGAAAGUGACAUGUUGCAGUGAGAUUUACAAGAUGAUUUGCAGCAAAUUUGGCUGAUUGCUCCACCUACUGUCCAGGGGCUGCUCGGUGGCUGAAUGCACAGAGAGAGAUACUCUUCCACACAACUUCAGACAGCGCCUGCUGCCUAAGACGUUUCGGGAUCCCGCGGCAAAGGAUUCAUUCUCAGACACUGCUGGUUCUUACAUUGCCCUCGCUGAGGAUUUUAUAUUGCGAAUAGCAGCACCGAAUGUUUCUAGACGACCGCUCACGCGUGAAUGUCACGGGACUGACGUCGAGACGUGCUCGGUGAUUGGCUGCGUGCCGGGAACGCGCUUGCCGACCUCUUACGUGGCCGCGCGGCGGUCUCAUCCCCGUCCGCGUCCCCGGCUGAACGGUCGCUGAGCGGACAUUUUAGAAUCGGGGACGAAAGGCAGGCGAGCGAAGGAGCGAAUGGGCAGGCGGGAAGCGGAUAGCACGGAGACCGAGCGGCCUCAUGAAGUGAGGGGAAGCGGCUGGCAGGCGAGUGCGCUUUCGUCCGGAGCCCAUUGAGAAUAAGUAACUUCCGGAGGGACAAAAAUGUCUUGAGAAAAUGCAAAUGUCGAUGGAAAAUGGAAAUUUAAUCAGUGAAACAGGCAUCAGUAAGGAAACUACAAGUAUAGAUAAAGUGGAAGUAUGGGUCAUGCUGUGAGAGUCCAGCUCAGUGAUGGCAAAUUUGGUCGAGGAUGAGAACAUGAAACCAGGAAAACAAAUCUGGGACGUAGUUUCUCGGUUAAGUGAAGGGAGUGGCAGUCUGAGAGACUGUGAAGGUGUCAUGGAAGGCAGUGAAAUGCUGACAUCUACGCCACCCAUGAUGCAAUUCCAGCCACAUGAUGGCAACAAAAGUGACAAGCAGCAACUAGAUGGAGUUGGAAUCACAAAUGGAGGUAGUGGACAACAAGAGUCCUUUUCCCAAGCAGCUAGCGACUUGUCAGAGUUGGAACAGAGCCUUGCAGCUUUGAAUGAAUUGCAGGAUGUAGGGAAUAGAUCAAAGAGUGACACAGAUAUGGGGUUGUACCCAAGUGGCUGUGAAGAGGAUCUCUUGGGUGGCCUCGAUGAUGGUGGCUCAGUGGAUUUUCUGCCUGAUCUUGAGUUCUUCCCAUCACCGAGAGACGAAAAGCAACAGGGCAGUCCAUGGAGCCUGACUGCCUUUUGUGGAGAUGAUGAUUCGGGUUUGCUGUCCCCUUUGUCCUCAGAACCUGCCCCGCUUAAGGAUAGUCUGGUGGAUUUGCAGCCAACUGAAGAAUGUGCUGCUUCUUGGCCAAUUCCAGAAAGUAGAUGUAUUGAGAGAAAGGAGGAUGUCUGGGCCCCUUUGCCAGUUACAACCACUGCCCCCAUGAAGGUGAAGCAGGAGCAAGAGAGCUACAUUGAAUUAGUUACUCCUGGUGUUAUUAAACAGGAGCAAGUCAGCAGGGGUUACUGCAGAGCUGCCAAUCAGGCAGCAGGAGCCCAUGGUCCUGUCAAGGAACCCAUUUAUCUAUGCAGUACAGAAUCAGUGCAAACCAGUAGCAAUCAGAGACCCAUUUUCAGCUUUGUACCACCUUUCACAGCAGUUGCUUCAGCUUGGGAAGUGUGCCAACAUCCCAAUGCAAAUUUGUCCAACAGUCGAGUGAGGAACAUCUGCACUGGGGGCGACGCUUUACCCGCCAAGUACAAUAGCACUGAUCUGAAAUCUGAAGGAAGCUCAUCAUCCUCUACUGCCUCCUCGGGGCCACCUGCCAAAGUCUGUCUGGUUUGCUCAGAUGAAGCAUCUGGAUGUCAUUACGGUGUUCUUACAUGUGGCAGUUGCAAAGUUUUCUUUAAGCGAGCUGUAGAAGGACAGCAUAACUACCUCUGUGCUGGAAGGAAUGACUGCAUCAUUGAUAAGAUUCGUCGAAAGAACUGCCCAGCUUGCCGUUUUAGAAAGUGCCUCCAGGCUGGAAUGAAUCUCGACGCUCGGAAGACAAAGAAAUUGAACAAGAUGAAGGCACCACAUACCACCACUUCAGAAACUGCAGUAAAAGUAGCAUCACCGGAUUCAUCUUUAGUUUGUUCUGCAAUGCCUACCCUGACUCUUCCCAUGGUUUCGAUUCUUGAGAUGAUUGAGCCAGAUCUCUUGUACGCAGGAUAUGAUAGUUCCCUGCCUGACACACCCAAUCGACUCCUAUCAGGACUGAAUAACUUGGGUGGAUUACAGAUGAUCUCAGUUGUGAAAUGGGCAAAGUCUCUACCAGGGUUCAGAUCUUUGCACCUGGAUGAUCAAAUGAUGUUACUGCAGUAUUCUUGGAUGUCUCUAAUGGUUUUCAGUCUUGGUUGGCGAUCUUAUCAACAUGUCAAUAGCAAUAUGCUCUUCUUUGCACCAGACCUAAUCUUCAAUGAGGAACGGAUGCAGCAGUCCUCGAUGUACAACUUGUGUAAAGGAAUGAGCAACGUUGCAUUGGAUUUCAGAAACCUUAAGGUUGCUUAUGAAGAAUAUCUAUGCAUGAAGGCAUUAUUACUUCUUGGUACAAUUCCAGUGGAUGGUUUGAAGAGCCAGGCAAUGUUUGAUGAAAUUCGAACCUCCUAUAUUAAGGAGCUAGGGAAAGCCAUAGUGAAGAAAGAGGGAAGCUCAAGUCAAAACUGGCAACGAUUUUAUCAGCUGACCAAACUUUUGGAUUCAAUGCAUGAUUUGGUUGAAGGAUUGUUGCAGUUUUGUUUUUACACCUUUGUGGAAUCAAAGACUCUGAGAGUGGAGUUCCCUGAAAUGUUGGUGGAAAUCAUUAGCAAUCAGUUACCAAAAGUCAUGGCAGGUAUGGCCAAACAGCUCCGGUUUCACCACAAGUGACUGCCUUAUAAUGGAAAAAAAAUGCCUUAAAAGUAUCCUCCAUAGCUUUUCUUUUCGCAAAGUGAUCGGAAAUUUGGAAAUGUUUGUCCUGCAAACGCUUGCCAUUCUGUCAUAUGCACUACAUAUGGUUUACAGAGAGGAACGGGCCUGGGCUGAGGCGAAAAGGAGAUGAAGUUUUACAGCCUAAGGACUGUACAUUGAAAAACAUAGGUGGCAGAAAAUCUGCAUGUAUUUUGUUUGUAAAUUUCAUUUUUGUGUUCUGUGAUACAGAUUUGAUUUUAUGCAUGCAUUCUAAUGAGAUGUUUACAGUGUAUAUCAGAAAAGGGAAAAUUGUGCCUUUUUUUAAGCUUUUUAAGUCUAAUGUAGCCAAUUUGGACAGUUUAUUGUUAACGCAGGAGAACUGCUAACUUAGUUUUUUUUUCUGUAUCAGUAUGUAUUUUUAUAUUAAGUGGAAUUUGAGCCUGAUAAAGUUUUUCUUUAUAGCCAUCAUUGAAUUCUGUUGUACAAAUGAGCCUGCUCAUUGCUCUCAUGUAAAUAUGCAGAAACUGGUCAUUUUGAAAAAGACUGAUCAACUACAGAUGAACAAACCAGUAUUUGAAUUUCUCAAAAAAAAAAACUGGUGUGUGAUCCGAGAGGACAAAUUUCAAACGUCAGGAGAGUGUGGAAAAGUAUAUGCAGCCCUCUGCAAGCCCAUGGACUGGGUUAGAUUGAUUAAGCAACAUGACGGUGACCACAUUUAAAGAUGCUACAGAAUUUCUGCCAAUUAUUUGCCCUUGGCAUCCAUGCCACAUUUUAUUAUUUACUUUGUUUGGUUCUGAUGCUUGUUGGUUCAUCAUUGCUGUUAGAUUUGUACCCGUGCUCCAUAAUGGAGCUAGCACAGUUUCUGUAAUAAGCACCUGGACCUUAUUUAGGAAAAUCCCCUCUCGGCUUCGACGGGGUUGAUGCAUUCCUUAAUGUAAGCAUAUUGUAAAUUUUUGACUGACAGAAGCUUAUUGUAGCAUAGGCUUAAUUCUGGUGAUAAAAGUUUAUAUUUUUUAACUCGUAAUCUAAUUACAAUCUACCUUUGUAUUCAAUACAUUUCUAGUUGAUUUGUCAGUCAUUAUCUAUGCUUCCCUCUGGUAUGCAGUUUAUAAUAUAUUGGACAUUAUCAGCAUGGAAUGGAGAGAGAAUAGGAGUUUUGUUCAUGUUCACAGCUGUAGAGUUGAGGUGGUAAUUCAAGAUUUUCUGAUUUAUUACUAUAGUUAAAUAUGUAUAAUUAAGAUAGAUCUGCUGAAAACAAGAAGGGCUGCCUUCAGAAAGAAAUCAGGAAAUGAAAAAGCAGAAACACCUUAAAUUUAUUUCAAUUCCUUAUUUGCCAACCAUUCACCUACAGCCUGGGCCGUGAAAUUUACUCCAAUCUUCAUGGAUGGUGUCAUACAAUUAGGUGUAACUCAAAUGGAAUAAUUUAAACAUCACUUUCUGCUUUCCUUCAAAAUUUGGCACUCCACUCUAAACUACAGAUUUGGUCAAGAAUUAGUAGUGUAGACAACAGAGGUGGGACAUUAGAAAUAUAUCUGUCUUUAAAUCCUUUUAAGAGAGAGCAAUUUUUGUCACUGUCACAUCCACCAUAUUUUGUUGCAAUAACUGGUAUACAUAUAAACUCAGAAACCUUUGUUGAUUUGCUUUGAGUCUUAUCAGCUAAUAACAUGUUUGUCAAGCAACAACAAGAAACCCUUGAUUUCAAGGUAUUUGUUUGAUGUAGUAUAACAAUAAUAAUCAGUUUGGAAAAUUGAUUGCAUAAGUGUUGGGGAGGGUGCAUUUCAGUUGCUUAGUUUCAUUAAAAAAAACCUGUAUUGAUUUUUAAGCCACAUAAAUUAAGUAGGUUAAUUAGGUUAAAAUAUUGCUUCUGCUGUGUAACAUAAUGUGUCCAGGAUUUUAAGUAUAGUGGUACUUUGGGGUAGUGACUCAGUAAUAGAGUAAGCAUAAAUCUUUCUCCUGAUACUUACUCAGUGUAUUUACUUUGAAGACAUUGAAUUCAAUCACCUCCCCAAUUGGACUAAUUGCCAGAAACUAGUUAAAACAAAUGCAUUGUUUUUAACUGCAAUACUGAAAUUAUUGAAAUGAUCAGAUCCCAAUCAUAGGUUUAUUGCAUCCUGAAUUUUAGUUUUAGUUCAUUCAAUUGGAGUACAGACAUUCUGCUAAUUGUCAGCACAAACUAAGGGACAACAUGAACAUUAACUAUACUAAUGUGCUUUGAUAGGAGAUAAAUGAAAAGGAAUUAUGUUUAUGGAGGUGCAUUCUACAGUUUUUUUUUGUAAUUUGAUUCAAAGUCAAUGCAGAACAAUAGUUGCCAAGCCCCUUAGUUUGGUGACUGUUACUUAUGAUGCUACUGGUCAGCCCAACAUAUGUCAGAUAAAAAUUAACAAGAACUGUGAAAUGUUCAUUUAAUCUCACUAAGUAUCACGGCAGUUUUUGUUCCAAAAUACCUAAUGCAUAUUGCUGUUUAAAGUCAGCAUAUCUCAGUAAAUUGCCAGUUGCUGAUACCUUAUUCAAAAAAGGAGUAUCGUUUUUCCAUGGAGCAUAUACUGUCUGGUUUAUUUUGCAAUGUGCUUUUACAAUGAGAGCUUGCAAUUUGCAUCAGGUGAUGUUGGAAAAAAACGUCCUCAAUUGUUAAAACAGACUUUGCAGCCUAACUAAUUUAUUUGAGUUUCACACUUCUUUUGAGUAUAAAUGCUUAUUUUCCUUUUACUGUUUAUCCAGAAAAAACAAUUAAUGUGGGAUUAUAGAUAACUGAAAAUUUUGGAGAGCUGAAACAAUCUUGAAUCCCCUGCACAUAUAUGGGCCCCUUCAUAUACACUUGGUUGAGUCUACUGAGAAUAUUUGCCUCAAAUUGGAAGACUUGUGUUUGGGUGGGUGUGUAUGUGUAUAAAUAUAGCAUUUCUUUUCUAUCUGAUACUUAAUUCAAUUGAAUUACGAGAAUCAUGGUCUUAAACUGUAUUCACAAAGUUUAAAAUUUCAGGUUAGUGCUACUUUUUAAUAGUUGCUUGAUCAGUCUUAUCUAAAGCAUGAGAUUUAUCACAGACACAAGUCUGACUUGGUACCUACCACUGAUCUAAAGGCAAGCUUUAAAAGAAAAAUUAAUAGUUUAAUAAUUUUAAAAAGUGACAGUUAAUAAGCAAUUGGAUCAGAGCACUGAUGUGUGGAUGUGAAAAUCGUAAGCGCUUACUCAGAUUUUAAACUGCUUUUUAUUGAUGUAUCAUGUUGCUUUAAUUUCCAAUGUGUGUAAAGGGAAGAUCAGUAUGUAUCUGUACAAAAUUUAAUACCAUCCAUUAUUUCAGGGAUAAUUUAAUUAUUCCUCAAAACAUGAAGGAGAAUUAUCUGGAGUGAUUGCACAGCAGAAGUUUCCGGUUUAGAACUGCUAUAAUCUUUAACUGUUGAGUUGAUGCUCCUUUGUUUGUCUUGGAAAUCCUUUGCCCUUCCCAAAUACCAGAACUUUUCAAUGAAUUUCAAUCUCGCGGCAUAACACAAUUAUGGCUUUUGAGAUGCGUAGGCAUGUGUCAUGGGAAUCCACGUCUGGGCAUUGGCAUUGUAACUUUUUCUAAAAAAAGGUUAUUAAACAUGUAGGUUGGACUGAUUUUUUUGUUUUUGAUAUUGAGGUGUUUUCCCCCCAAAUUUGUUCUGUUUUAUAACUCCUGAUUUCUAGUCAGUGGUGUUAGUAGUGAAGGCCUGCAGAGACUUUCGUCAUGCUUUAGAAGGAACAGGCUUAAUGUUAUGGAAGUUCUAUGCUUUGCUAUAGCCAAUUGUCUUUACUGUUACUUCACCUGUCAUAAAGCAUUACUCAUAAGUAGAAAUGAGUCUAGGUAAUUAAAUCAGUACAGCUCGCAAUAGCGAUGGAAGUGUUUCGAAGUUCAUGAAGAUUAAGAGUUCUUGGAACUCCUUGCCACAGAGCUGUGGAGGCAGAGUCCUUGUGUAUAUUUAAGUCUGAGGCAGAUAGAUGCUUGAUCAGUCUGGGUUAUGGAGAAAGGCCAGAAAAGUGGACAGGAGGAAUGUCAGAUUAGCCAUGAUCCCGUUGAAUGACAGCAGGCUUGAGGGGCCAAACAGCCUAAUCCUGUUCCUACUACUUAUGGUCUUGUUACAAACAAGCCAAUAUCUCUCUUUCUUUAACGUCUCUAUAUUUUUGUUGGCAGUUUGCCAAAGGUGCUAGCAGUGGGUUCAAUAAUAAUGCCAAAAACAGUUUUUAUUUUUAAUGUCUGCUUCUAAUUAUUUUCCCAUAAGAAGGGAAAAUGCUGCUAAGGAAUGGCUGCAGUUUUACCUCUGUAUGAGUCAUGUGAGUAAAGUAGUGAUGAAAUUUGCUCAGUGAUCAGUAACUAUUUUUACUUGUGUAAUCAGACAUGGGGCCUGGUUUUAAAUUCAAAUGUGUAUUGAAGCAAAGUGACUUACCGUUCUUUGUUUUAAUAUAUUCAAUAUAAUUUCAACUCCCAUACCCUUACAGGAUACAGAAUUUUAAGAAAAAAAAUUCCACUUGUUGCUUUAUCAGUAAUUGAAUGGAGAUUUUUUUCCAAAUGAUGCUUUUUAAAGAAGUUUAUAAAAUGGGCUGGUCUCAUUUUGGGAUGGAGAAUAUACAUAUUUUAAUUUCUACCCUAAACCCAGAAAACAGCUAUGUCUACAGCUUGUAGAAAGUGACUUCCUUUGGCCCAUCAGUCAGUUAGCAACAGCAAAAACAAAUUCUAACUCCGAUUAGUUCUGAACAUAUUAUAUUGUUAGGCUGUUACAGACAAAUGUUAUUGCAAAAUAUUAUUUCAUGCAUGUGUACAGUUGCCAGUCUUUGUAUUUAAACACAGUGUAUAUACGUGACCUGGAGGGCUCUUAUGGUGCAGUGGGAGUGUCCCAACCUCAGACAGGAAGCCUGGGUUCAAGUCCACAAACUCAAUCUCUGAACAGCUUGAUCAGUAAAUAUCUAUAUAGAUGGCCACAGACAUCUGUUCUACAAAUCUGUAGCUGAUCUUUUGUGUAGGUUGUGUAGGUGGCCUGUUGCAUGUGGGUUUUUGUUCCCUUUUGAGAGAAAAUCAUUCAUCUUUGCUGACUUGGCUUUUCUUUAAUAAGAGGAUAUUCUAAAAUAAAUUAAGUGAGAAUAUAUGUCUUUUUUUUAAUAUUAUAAAACAGCAUCAAUUCCGAUAGAUUCGAAUCUAUCUCAAUCUCUCACAGGAACUGAAGCACACAUUUCAGUACACAGGGUGCCUUAGAAAAGUGUCCAUAACUUGGGUAAUUUGUUUUGUGAAGUACGUUUAUGAAGUAUUUCCAUCCAAAUUAACUAGUGAGCUGAUCUUAAGUGAUGUUUUAGAUCUUUGCCCGAUUUUUAUUUACAAGCUGUGGUAAAUCACAAAUUUUGGUAGAAACUACAAGAGGAGAUGAAUUAAAGAUGGAAGGAAAAGGCAUCAGACAUUGAUGAAAUCAAUUGCAUUGCACAUUAUUAUUGACUUUGUGGUGAAAUCACAAAUCGGUCUUUUGAUUAAGAAUUAACAGGAGAGUUAUGGAAAAAUUUGAAGGAAGGAACAAUGUGAUGUUGGAUAAACAAAGCCUGCUUUGUCAUUUGCUUUACACCAGACUAGUUAAAACCUGGUUACUUGUGUUUCAUUCUAUGUUGAGAUCCAUUGUCACAAUGCACAAUACCUACAAAUUAAAGAUAUAAGGAAGUAAAUAUAAUACAGGACAUACCCUGACAAGCGUCCUACAAAAUAUUUUCCAAAGACACUUAUCAGGUCGCAUUUCCCCCUUAACCGGGCAUUCGUAAAACUCAAGGAUUUAUUCUGGCAGGGUGAUCAAAAACAAGAAAAUCCAACCGUUGUCUGAAUUCAUACACAUUGUAUGUAAGCACCACAAAAUAUGCUUGAAAUGUAGAACGUAUACAUCAUGUAGAGUUAGAAAAAUUAUCAAACCUAAAAGAAAAUACUUAUUUCAUGAAUUUAAUGCAGCCUAUUAAUGUGAAUUUAUAAAAGGAUUGUGCUUUUAACAAAAUCCAGAUAAUAAUUAAAUGGCUAUAUAUUUUAUACAUGUAUUUUUUAAAACAUCCACCUUAUUACAUCCCCUUUGAAAUAGAUCAAAUUCAUUAGAAUGUGAUAUUAAAAUAAGUUCUUCAAAAGUGACCAUUUUGAUAACCUAAUUUGUAAUUUUGAAAAUAGUUUUAAUUAAUAUUUUCCUAAAUUUAUUCUAUAAAUAUAAAAUGAGGAUACUGACACUUUAAUCAUUACUUUAAAGGUGUGCCUUUUUCAAAAGGGCAGAAAAACUUGCAUCUACUGUAUGUAGAGAUAUACAUUCUUAAAUAUUUUUCAGAAUUUUAUUAAUUUUGAAUGUAUAAUUUUAUAUACAUGCACUGAGAUAAUGUGUAAAGGUCAGACAAUCAAAUACGCCCCUAUUACCUCUAAAAUUUGCUCAUGUAUGUUGUACACAAUGAAUUAUUACUGACAUGUUUAUUUUAAACAUGAUAGAAAAGAAUGCUGAAAUGGUAGUAAUCAUCAGAAUUGAUUUUUUUUUUAAAAUAAAAUCAAUAUUUGAAAAAAUAUUUUGGAAAACUUGCUUCACCCCAUAAUCUCAACUUCUCAGUAGUGCAUUGUAAAAUGGUCCACCAAUAAGUGAAAAUCAACGUGCAGUUUUUCUCAAAGACCUUUUUAGUUUCCAAAACUACUAACUAAAACCUGAAGUCAAAUGCUUAUGUAUUUUUUUUCCCAUAGUCCUGCAUCCCUUCUUUAUUCUGCUUAGAGCUGGUUGAUCUUUGUGGUACUUCUGAAAAUUUGUCUCAUUACUUAUGUUGUUACAGAUGUAAUUUGCAUUAUUGUGCAAGUGUUUAAGUCCAGUAAUUGUGAAGAGCUUUCCAAACUGCAGAUAACGGACAGAAAUUGGAUAAUAAAUUUGCUUUUCCAUUAA